AUGUUUAGCUCAGAAUUUCCAUCCGAUCCUUCACAGUUCAUUGAUUUCGCUCAGUUUAGUGAAACUGAGGAUGUAGGAAGUGAAGAAUCGAAAUCUGAAACUAAUCAGAUCACAAAUUCUCCUCAUCCUGGUUUCUCCGAUAUCUAUGAUCCCUUCGGCCACACUAAUUUUGAGUUAUCACUUAGCUCAGAUAUGGACUCAUACAGGAAUCUGUGGAGAGAUGCUAACGAAGAAUUAAAAACGAGUGAUGAUAACGUGCGAUAUCCUUCCAUUAGAGAUGCUCAGAAUGAAACUUCUUCCUCACUUAAUCUCAACAGCGAUGAUAUUAUCACAUAUAUGCACUUAGUCCAUGGUCCACAACAAAGUGCCGUUCCAACCCAUUUUCAUCAACUUACUCUUCCCUCAGGCGACACAUCUGGUCAACAUGGAAAUGCUGAACAGUGUAACAUCAACAAUAAGCACUUCUCGGAUAACUUGAAUAUCCUCAAUUAUAGGAAAAUGCCUAUAAAGGAUUGGAAACAGAUAAGAAAAAUUAUACUUGUUAUUACCCGGGAUAAGCAUGAACCUCGUCUUCAGUGCAAAGAUUGUGGUAAAUUCCUCGCCAACAGGAAUGCACUGCGAAAACACAAAUGGCUCUGCGGAACAAAAUCUUUCAGAAAAAGCUAUGAAUGUCUGUAUCCCGGGUGUGCUGUAAUCGCGACAAGUUGCAAUGAAUAUGUGACGCAUAUGAAAACACAUGGUCAACCUUUCAUCUAUGAAUGUAGAGCACCCGGUUGUGGGCGAUUAUUCGGCCAUAAAUCAACACUUCGCGCUGGAAAAAGCUACGAAUGUCUUUAUCCCGGGUGUGCUGUGAUCCCGAAAAGUCGCAAAGAAUAUCUAACACAUAGGAAAGCACACGGUCAACCCUUCAUCUUUCAAUGCAAAGUGACUGGUUGUGAGCGAAUAUUCAACAAUGAAUCGUCAUUUCAGAAACACAAGCAAACGCAUGAACCUCAUCCCCAGUGCGAGGAUUGUGGCAAAUUCUUCACCACCAGGAAUGGACUGCAAAAACAUAAAAAGAUCUGCCAAACAAAAUCUCGUUAG